CACUCACCUGAGUCUGACUACGGUUGGAGGCGAAAGUUUCCAAAGCCCUGCUGUACCAGAGCUCAUAGUUCCUCUCUCCCAAGAACACCAACCAAAAUUUAAAAGUGGUACUCGGAAGGUUCAAAAGAAUAUUUCUAUCUGUCCUUUGAAGCAAAAUCGGGUUGACGGAAUCGGCUGGCCUUCGCUUGUCAUAUCUCUUUCGCGUGUUCUUCCAUCCAUGAAUCCUUCGAUUAAACUAAACAAAGAAAACUCCGCCAACUCCCUCUCCAUUUUUCCCCCCUCCAGUUGUUGCUCUAGCGAGAACCUCUCCUUAACUACCUGCUCUUGUGACAUUCCAACUACAAACCUCCCCCUUGUCCUCCUAUUCAAAUCUCUACCUCCGUUUUCUUCUGGGGGGCACUCCCCCUCUCUUCUCCGCCUUUCCUAACGUCUCCCAUCAUUCCGUUGGGUUGGGUUUUUUUUUCAUCAAGCUUUGUUGGUCAGAAAUGGAGAUCAGGAAUUGGAUAUUCGCUUUGAUUCUGUGUCACGCCGCUCUUGUAUUGACGAGUUGCGCUGUGGAGCUGGCCAGGAGUCCGCCCACCGAGAGGAUUUCAGGUAGUGCUGGGGAUGUUUUGGAGGAUGAUCCAGUUGGAAGGUUGAAGGUGUUUGUUUAUGAACUCCCCAGCAAAUACAACAAGAAGAUUCUGCAGAAAGAUCAAAGAUGCCUUAAUCACAUGUUUGCAGCUGAGAUUUAUAUGCACCGUUUUCUUCUGUCUAGCCCAGUUCGAACCCUCAAUCCUGCAGAAGCUGAUUGGUUUUAUACCCCUGUGUACACCACCUGUGACUUGACACCCAAUGGCCUUCCUUUGCCUUUUAAGUCACCAAGAAUGAUGAGAAGUGCAAUACAGCUAAUUUCUUCCAACUGGCCUUAUUGGAAUAGAACUGAAGGAGCUGAUCACUUUUUUGUUGUGCCCCAUGACUUUGGAGCAUGCUUCCAUUAUCAAGAAGAAAAGGCAAUUGAAAGAGGAAUUCUCACGAUGCUUCGACGAGCUACCUUGGUGCAGACAUUUGGCCAGCGGAAUCAUGUUUGCUUAAAAGAGGGAUCUAUCACUGUUCCACCAUACGCUCCUCCCCAAAAGAUGCAAUCCCAUCUCAUCCCAGAGAGAACUCCUAGAGCUAUCUUCGUGUACUUCAGGGGGUUGUUUUAUGAUGUGGGAAACGACCCAGAAGGUGGCUACUAUGCAAGAGGUGCGCGUGCAGCAGUGUGGGAGAACUUCAAAGACAAUCCAUUGUUCGACAUAUCCACAGAACACCCUACCACGUACUAUGAAGACAUGCAACGAGCGGUCUUCUGUCUAUGUCCACUUGGGUGGGCGCCAUGGAGCCCGAGGUUGGUUGAAGCGGUGGUAUUUGGUUGUAUCCCAGUGAUCAUAGCUGAUGACAUCGUCCUUCCUUUCGCCGAUGCAAUCCCAUGGGAAGAGAUCGGGGUGUUUGUUGAUGAGAAAGAUGUUCCGAACUUGGACACCAUCCUCACUUCGAUCCCACCGGAGAUAAUACUCAGGAAACAGAGACUGCUUGCGAACCCUUCGAUGAAGCAGGCAAUGUUGUUCCCUCAACCAGCACAACCGGGAGAUGCGUUCCAUCAGGUCCUGAAUGGACUGGCACGAAAACUGCCGCAUGACAAGAGCAUCUACUUGGCCCCCGGGGAGAAGGUUUUGAACUGGACUGCGGGUCCUCUUGGUGAUCUGAAACCUUGGUAGCUGCUGUUUCAAACUAAAAUGAUAUGUAAAUUUGUUUUCUGGUCUUUAUAGAUUUUGCUUAUACAUGCUGGGGAUUAUGCAGUUUCUGUAUUGCGGUUGAGUAUACCAUAAUUUUUGCUUUAGUGGAGGAAACUUAAAACUCAGGGCUUGGUUUUAUUUUCUCUUGAUGUUAAGAUAAUCUAUGAGUAGUACAACCAGAGUUCGGAAUCUUGGGUGCUCUUUUCCAUUAGAAAUUUGUUCUGUAUUCUGCUCUAUGAAGUGAAUUGAGUAGU